UCAAAGGCUUUGGAGGAAGAGGCUGGGAGUAGAGUUGUGUGGAUUAUUGGUGGAAGAACACGAUGUGAGGUGCCAGAUGCUUCCCCAGCCACCGCCCGUCGCUUCUUGGGGGAGAGAGGGUGAAGAGGGCGUGGGGGCGGGGACCGCCCUGCAGCGCAAGGAGCGCGUGGUGGCCAGGGGGCUGUCUCUUUAAGCGCUCCGGAGGGGUUGGGGCCAGAGGGCGGCGAGCGCGUUGCCAUGGCACCAGGACUGCAGGGGCUGCAGGACCGCUGGGCUCGCUGGUCUCCAGUUGUCUCCAGCAAUGCAGGGGCUGUGCAGCUCUUGGGCUACAGCUCCUGGGGUUGGCUUGGCCGGCCACUACUAGCACGCGCUCGCUUGUUGCCUGAGUCGCCUGCUGGGGUCGAGCUGCUGCCGCGCCCUCCGCUGCGAGACGCACGUCGCGGUCCUCGAGAGCGAGCCCGGCACUUGCAACUUCUGCCUGGCGAGCCCAACUUCUGCGCGGGAUUCGGACUUGCAGAUCCUGAGCGGCGCACCGCGCGCAGUUGGGGCGGUGUCCCUACCGUCUCAGCCUCAAGGAGAUGACUUCCCCACUGUGGUUCUGGUGCUUCUGCGUCUGGGCCGCCUAUCACUGGCCGCCAGGAAGCGCCCUGCAGCUCCAGCCCGGCAUGCCAAAUGUCUGCAAGGAGGAGCAGCUGGUGGUGGUAAGACUGUCACGCCCAUGCACCCAAGCUUUCAUAGACACCAUCAAGUUCUGGAAACAAGGUUGUACAGGCCCACGGUGGUGUGUGGCUUAUGAAAGAAGGACCCGCUACUACACCGUCUACAGGCAGGUGUAUACCACAGAACACCAGACAGUCUUCAGAUGCUGCCCCGGUUGGAGCCGAUGGGAUGACGAGCCAGGCUGCCUCUCCUCUGUGGCUUCUCUGGGAACCCAUUUUAGUGGAAGGCAGUGCUCGGAUGGGGAUGAUCAACGGUGCCUUUGCUUACAAGGGUUUCAGGGACCCCACUGUCAAUAUGAUAUAAACGAAUGUGCUGUUGACAAUGGUGGCUGUCAAGACCAAUGCUGCAAUACGAUUGGCAGUUAUUACUGCAGAUGUCAAGCUGGCCAAAAGCUGGAGGAAGAUGGCAGAGGAUGUGAAGACAUCGAUGAGUGUGCGGUGGUGAACGGAGGCUGCCAGCAGCGCUGUAUUAACACUCUGGGCACCUUCCACUGCGUGUGUGAUACAGGGUACAGACGCCAUGCUGACGAACGCACCUGCAUAAAGACAGACCCCUGUGCAGGAAGGAAUGAAUGUGCUCACCUAUGCCAAAGUGAGAACGGUGUGGCCAGGUGUGCCUGCCAUGCUGGGUACCAGCUGUCUGCAGACAAAAAGGCCUGUGAAGACAUAGACGAGUGUUCUCAAGAGCUUGCUCCCUGUGCUCAUCGCUGUGUGAACUCAGAGGGGUCCUUCAGGUGUGCCUGCCACCCCGGCUUUGAGCUAGGAGCUGACGGGAAACAUUGUUACCGAAUUGAACUAGAGAUUGUAAAUAGCUGUGAGAAGAACAAUGGGGGCUGCUCUGACCACUGCGAACCUGCGAUUGGUGGGCCCCAUUGCUCCUGUAACCAUGGACAUCGACUCGACGCAGAUGAGAAAACAUGCAUAGACUUUGAUGAAUGUAAGAGUGGAGAGGCCUGCUGUGCCCAGCUCUGCAUCAACUAUUCAGGAGGCUACGAAUGUGGCUGUCAGGAAGGCUUUCGGAUCAGUUCGGACGGCUGUGGAUGUGAUGUGUCUUCCUUCAGAAAUCAUAUAAAGAUCUGGAGUCUGGAGAAUGUGGACGAGUGCCUGGAUGUCAGUGUGGACUGUGACCAGCUGUGCAUCAACGCCGUGGGGACAUAUGACUGCGCCUGUGAAGAAGGAUACAGAAUCGGAAGUGAUGGAAGGACCUGUCUCUAUGAUGAGCAGUUAGAGGAGGAAGAAGAGGCACUAGACAUCCUGAGGUUUCCAGGACUCCUGGUUGAAAACUCACCGCGGCCAUUCCCUUACCUUGCUCCUUCUUUGGCUGCUUCGUACGAAGAUGAAGACGAUGAAGAAGACCAGGAAGCAGAAGAAGAGUUCCAGGGUCUGACAGCCUUGCACAGAGUGGUCUGUUUAGAUGGCACCUUUGGCCUGGACUGCAGCUUGAGCUGUGACAACUGCCUGAAUGGAGGUAAAUGCCAACAAGGAAAGAGUGGGUGCUUCUGCCCUGAAGGCUGGACUGGCAUUCUUUGCAAUGAAAGCAACACCCUAACAUCUGGUGCAGACCAGCCAGCUCCUUUGGGAUGCCCAAAGGGGUUCUUUGGGAAGAACUGCAAAAGAAAAUGUCACUGUGCCAACAACGGCCAUUGCCACAGGGUGUAUGGUGCCUGCGUAUGUGACCUAGGGCGCUAUGGAAGAUUCUGUCAUCUCACCUGCCCUGAUGGCCUCUGGGGACCAGAAUGCCAGUUUUCCUGUGGACUCUGUGAAAAUGGAGGUCAUUGCAACAGAGAGUCUGGAAGCUGCGAUUGUGCUCCUGGUUACACAGGAGAAUCUUGUGCCGUGUUCUGCCCACCAGGCACGUAUGGGGAAGACUGUAACCAGGUAUGCCAGUGUUCAGCAAGGAACGAAGACUGUCAUCCAGUCACUGGGAGAUGUACUUGUCUGCCUGGCUACCAUGGAAACCACUGUCAGUUCCGGUGCCCAGAAGACACUUAUGGUCCAAACUGCCAAGAGACAUGUAAGUGCCAGAAUGGGGGUCAGUGUGAAAGCACACUGGGCACCUGUGCCUGUCCUCCUGGCUUCCUUGGAGCAGACUGCAGUCAAACUUGUCCUGAAGGUCAUUAUGGACAAGAUUGUGUCCAACGGUGUUUCUGUGGCUCAGGAAAGUGUGACCCAGUGACAGGAAGGUGUCAUUGUCCACCCGGCCUGAUGGGAUCCAGGUGUCGGCAAGGUUGUCCCCAGACUAAAUAUGGCACCAACUGUGAGCUCAAAUGUAUGUGUAGAAAUGGUGGACUCUGCAAUCCUGAGGAUGGAAGCUGCACCUGCGGCCUGGGGUGGACCGGGGAGCACUGUGAGAAAGGUUUUCUGCCUCAAAUUAGGAUGGUUUGGCAUGUUCUCCUGGUAACUACGGGCCAGACUGCAAAUUCAAUUGCUCAUGUCAGAAUGGUGGUGUCUGCAGCCGGCUGUCUGGGGCCUGUGAGUGCCCCGAAGGGUUCUAUGGACGAGGCUGUGAACACGAAUGUCCUCCUGGAUUUCAUGGUUUUAAUUGUGCUCACACCUGUGACUGCCAGAAUGGAGCCAGGUGUGAUGUAGCAAGUGGACAGUGUGUUUGCCCAGCAGGUUUCCAUGGCAACCAUUGUGAGCAAGAAUGUCCACCUGGAACAUUUGGGGACAAUUGUCAACAAUCUUGUGACUGUGAAGGAGAAAGUUCUUGCCACCCAACCACAGGAAAAUGCCUCUGCCCACCAGGGAGGGCAGGAACCAGAUGUGACACAGAAUGCCAGGCAGGCUACUAUGGACCUGACUGCAGGCUGCGGUGUGAAUGCUCGCAGGGAGCUCGCUGCAACCCAGUCAACGGCAGCUGUGCUUGUCCCAGGAGAAGAAUGGGCCCAACCUGUGAGGAGACACAGCCAAAGACCCACAGUUCUUCCGAAGGUGAAUAGAAUCUCUUUUGCAGUUCCUCACGGUUUUUCGUCGUAACCCUGACGAGGAAAUACACAGUCCCUGGUCUCCUUCCGACAUGGAGCAUCAGGAAGGGAAAAGGUGACACCUUCAGUUUUCCACCCCUGUGCCCAAUUCUCCAGCCCAACCUGUGAACUUCCUUUCCCCGAAGGACACACUCCAAAAGGAGAAAAGGAAAGGAAAAGAAAAAGAGUAUUUGUUCAGGAUCCGAACCACAGUAACAUUUGAACUAAUAAAGGGCGCUUUUUAGAAAAUUUGUGCACGGCAGUAUUUGAAUUUGGAAGGGAUAACUGCUUCGUACUGCAGGUUGGGCUGCACUGAAAUAUUCACACCUAUUCACUGGAAACCCCAGGACCCUUAAGUAGCUGGAUCCUCUUUAGAAACGGCUAGAAUUUCAUCCAUUUGUUCGCAGAACCUACUUCCCGGUAACUCUGCUGCAGACUUCAAACACACUGCAUUUUGUUCAUGACUUUUAAUGUGGGAGAUUAUUAAGAUUUUAGCCCAUGGA